AUGGGUUGCGGAGCAAGCGUUCUGGGACCAGACGAUGAAAAGGACCUGUUUCUACAGGGCAAGAAGGCCAGUGAAGCAAUUGAACGAUCACUACAAAUACAGAAACAGAGGGACAAUAAGGAAAUCAAGCUGUUACUGCUGGGAGCUGGUGAAUCGGGAAAGUCUACUGUCUUGAAACAACUAAGACUGCUUCAUCAAGGCGGAUUCACCAAUCAGGAAAGAAUCCAGUAUACACAAGUGAUCUGGGCAGAUGCGAUCCAAUCAAUGAAGAUUCUGAUAGUCCAGGCCAGACGUUUGGGAAUUCCGUUGGAUUGUGACGAUCCACAGGCUAAUAGACAUCUCUUCGAACAGAAGCGAUUGGUUUUGAAGGCUAAACCACUGGAAUUGAUCGACGCAAGUUUGGCAGGCGGUUCUGGGUUCUUGAACGACUACGUUCUCAAAUACUCAGAGACCAGUGAGCAGAAAAGACGGGGACAAAGUACUGGUCAAGCACAGGGUCUGGAUCACAACGAAGCCCUAAAUGUGUUUGGAGGAGACGAAGGUGCAAAUCCACAAGAUUUGAGUCUCAACUUGCAAGAGCUAUCACAGGGGCUGAGUGAGGGCGAAACUAAUACUGCCGCACACACAGGCGUAAGACCAGCCACCAGCGCCACACAGGUCGCCAACGCCAUCCAGACGCUAUGGAGACAAGACCGAGGAAUUCGCCAGUGUUUUGCACGAUCCAAUGAAUUCCAGCUCGAAAGCUCUGCAGAGUACUAUUUCGAGCACAUCCACCAGUUUGCUACUCCGGGCUACAUUUGUUCCGACGAGGACAUCUUGAAAGGCCGUAUCAAGACUACAGGAAUCACAGAAACCACUUUUAGUAUUGGUGGUUCCAGUUUCAAAGUCCUAGAUGCAGGUGGCCAGCGUUCUGAACGUCGUAAGUGGAUCCACUGUUUCCAAGGAAUCACAGCUGUACUGUUCGUUUUGGCAGUGAGUGAAUACGACCAGAUGCUGUUUGAAGACGAGCGUGUAAACCGCAUGCACGAGUCCAUCAUGCUGUUCGAUACUUUACUAAAUUCGCGAUGGUUUGCCAAUACACCUUUCAUCUUGUUUUUAAACAAGACAGACCUGUUUCAACAAAAGCUCACCAGGUCGCCCAUUCGGCAGUUCUUUCCUCAUUACCAAGGCCGUGUGAACGACGCCGACGCUGGAAUGAAGUACUUUGAGAACAUCUUUUUAAGCAUGAACAAGUCUCAACGUCCCAUUUACGUACACCGAACGUGUGCAACAGAUCCACAUAGCAUGCGAUUCGUGCUCACGGCGGUAGCGGACUUGAUCAUCCAACAGAAUCUAAAGAAUAGUGGGAUACUAUGA